CAAAAUCAGUCCGAAUUCCAGAUCUAAGAAUAUACGGUUAGCUAGUUCAAGGGUUCUACAUUUCAAUUGCAAGAAAAGUGACAAGAUAAUGGACAACUCACAGAAGGCAAGCUACCAGGCUGGUGAGACCAAGGGCCAAACUCAGGAGAAGGCAAACACUAUGAAGGACAAAGCAGGAAAUGUUGCACAGUCGACCAAGGAAACGGUGCAGCGUGCUGGCCAACCGAUUCAGCAGAAGGCUGCGGGAGCUACCGGUGCCGUCAAGAAUGCUACUGGCAUGAACAAAUGAUUGAGGCUUAGCUGACAUGAUAGCCUCAAUGGAUAUUUUUAAGUUUUUGUACUCUUUAAUUUCUAUAAAAAAAAGAGAAGCUCUAGUCCUGUCAGAUCGAGCUCUAGAGUUCUCUAUCUCUUUUUCUAUAUAAUAUAUUUCACGUA